GUCACAGGCGGCCCGGCCCGGCUCGGCGCGGCCCGGCUCGGCGCGGCGGCCAGCGCGGGGCUCAUGGCGGAGUUUUAGGUCAAAUGAUUAGUUCUGUGACAAGACAGCAUGACACUUUGAGUAUGACAGAAGCCCUGAUGCUGCAGCAGAGGCUGGGAAUAUUAAUGGCCAAAUCUAGAGAUCUCAUGGUCUUCUAAAGAAGUCAUGGGUAGCUGUUGUAGCUGUCCAGAUAAAGAAACUGUCCCAGAUAACCAUCGAAACAAGUUUAAGGUUAUUAAUGUGGAUGAUGAUGGUAAUGAACUGGGUUCUGGCAUAAUGGAACUUACAGAUACAGAACUAAUUUUGUACACCCGUAAAAGGGACUCUGUAAAAUGGCACUACCUCUGUCUCCGUCGCUAUGGCUACGACUCAAAUCUCUUCUCUUUUGAAAGUGGCCGAAGGUGUCAAACUGGACAAGGAAUCUUUGCCUUUAAAUGUGCCCGUGCAGAAGAGCUAUUUAAUAUGUUGCAAGAGAUAAUGCAGAAUAAUAGCAUAAAUGUGGUAGAAGAACCAGUAGUAGAAAGGAAUAAUCAUCAAACUGAGUUGGAAGCUCCAAGAACCCCUCGAACACCUACCACUCCUGGGUUCAAUGCACAAAGUUUACCUAACGGCUAUCCUAGAUACCCAUCUUUUGGAGAUGCUUCAUCACAUCCUUCCAGCAGACAUCCUUCUGUCGGAAGUGCACGCCUCCCCUCUGUCGGUGAAGAAUCCACACAUCCUUUACUGGUAGCAGAGGAGCAAGUGCACACUUACGUCAACACUACUGGGGUGCAAGAGGAAAGAAAAAAUCGAUCAAGUGCGCAUGCGCCACUGGAAUCAAAGCUUUCAAACACUGAACCAACUAAAGUGAAAGAAGAUCAGAUGUGUACUGAUGACAGAGAUGCUCAAGUUCUCCUGGAGCCUGAAGGAGUCAAGUUUGUUUUAGGACCAACACCUGUUCAAAGGCAGUUAAUGGAAAGAGAGAAACUGGAGCAACUUGGGAGAGACCAAGUUAGCGGCAGCACCACAAACAACACUGAAUGGGACACUGGGUACGACAGUGAUGAACGUAGAGAAACACCAUCUGGUAAUAAAUUGGUGUAUGAAAAUAUAAAUAGGUUAUCAAUCCCUAGUGCCUCAGGGGUCAGGAGAGGUCGUUUGACAUCAACCAGUACCUCAGACACCCAGAACAUUAACAACUCUGCUCAGAGGAGAACUGCGCUGUUGAACUAUGAGAACUUGCCAUCCUUGCCUCCUGUUUGGGAAGCCCGCAAGCUGAGUAGAGAUGAAGAUGACAGUUUAGGACCAAAGACCCCAUCUCUGAACGGCUACCACAAUAACCUAGAUCCAAUGCAUAAUUAUGUCAAUACAGAGAAUGUAACAGUACCAGCAAGUGCUCAUAAAGUAGAAUUUACACGACGUCGGGACUGUACCCCAACAGUCUUUAACUUUGACAUUAGGCGUCCAAGUUUAGAACACAGGCAGCUCAACUACAUACAGGUUGACUUGGAAGGUGGUAGUGACUCCGACAACCCUCAGACUCCAAAAACCCCCACCACUCCACUUCCGCAAACUCCAACCAGGCGCACAGAGCUGUAUGCUGUGAUAGACAUUGAAAGAACUGCUGCUAUGUCAAGCUUGCAAAAAGCACUGCCCCGAGAUGAUGGUACUUCUAGGAAAACUAGACAUAACAGUACUGACCUGCCUAUGUGAGCCUGGGAAGCAUUAAAUCAUUUGCACCUUUUGUGAAGUUUAUAAAAUUGAAGAUGCAAGUACUUUGCAUUCUUAACACUAACGCCUUUUAUAGACUAAUAGAACUUUUUCUGCAUACUUCAUGUACUUGUCUAACUAAAGGGAAUUAAUGUAGAGCAAGUAUUCAUUUAGAUAACACUAUUUCAUUCUACUGUAGUAGUAAUUACUGCAUAGCAGCAUCAUCACCUUUCACAGUGCCUCUUGAAAUUGAUUAGAGUCUGAGUGACAUGCCAGUUUUGAAUUUAUAAGUAUUCUGGUCUGGUGCCUAUACUCAUUAAUGGCAUUUAUAACACUUUUUAAAGCCUCUUAAUAUGUGCAUUAUUAGCAGGUAAACCUAAUCUUUCAAGAUACUUAUCUUACUUUCAUUCCUCAUUGAAAUGGCUCCUCCAGAAUUAAAUGUAUGUAAUGCAUUAAUUCACUCAGUUUGGCAUACACAAGAUAUAUCAGUUCAUCUCAAGGGAUAUAAACACCACACCUUUUUUGUCUAUUUUUUGUUUGUUUGGAUUUUUUUUUAAGACUACAUGGACAGGAAAGCUUUUAAUUCCUUGACAGUUUUAUUAACUUGUGUGUUAUUUGAGAGGUCACAUCAUAGUUUGUUGAUCAGCUAUGAACACAUCUAAACCCAGUCUUAAGUUCCUUCUGCUAGAAGAGAAUUCCAAGUGGUGUACCAAGUUCCCUGUGAAAUCUGACAGAAUUUUAGAGUUUUGGGGUUUUUUUUUGUGUGUGAAGGAACUCACAGGUUGGCUGUAUGAAUUAAGGCUCUCUUGUCAUUUCUGAGUUCAGUGUGCCUUCCUUUCUUUGCAUUUGUGUGUGUUUUUUUUACCUGUUCUAUAAUGUCCUGUUUUAAAAGUCAAAAUUUUGUACAUAGCUUUAAUUAUUUGUUACGGUCAUUUAUGUGUUUGUCUUACUCUUUUCAUUUGACAAAGAAAAGCUCUUGAAGGUCAAAGGGUUGUCUUUGUCCAGUGUUCUGCUUUUUUUAUGCCUGAGAGAAAUAUCCCAGCUCUCCAGCAGCAUACAUUAUUGCACAACUGGAAAGGUUUAUUAUGCAGUUACAGUCUUCCUCUAAAGCAUCAGACACAGGUUACAUGGGAGGCAGGGUACUGGACUUGAUAGUUCUUUAUAGAAAAUUGUACAUUCUAGCAGUGUACAUCCAUAGUUGAUAGUAUACUUUAAUUUAGAAAGUUAUGUAGUGAAUUAUCUGAAACAAGUAUUAUUUACAAGCGUACUUCUCCUUUUGCAGUUGGUGAACUUGGUUACAGUGAUGGCUGCUUAGUGUUACAGGUACAUCCAGGUACAAUGUUGUAUGUUGAAUAUGCCAGAUGCACCCUUAGCAGAAGUUUUUUGUUUUGUUUUUUAAUACUCUGAAUAACUUUAGAAGUCUGGCAGUAUUGCAGGUGCACCUUGGUACUAGCAGCAGAAGAGAUUACUCUUGAGCCUGUGAUUGUAAAGGAACUGACACUUGUGUGAACUGAUGCGAUGUAAAAUAACCCUUGAACUGUGAGUGAGGAAAAACAUGCAAGAAAAGCCAUUUGGAGAUCUGAAAAAGAAUUAAGGAUCUUCAUGCAAUAUUUGAAGUUUUAUAAAAAACAAACCACAAUUUUUUUCAGUCUUUUAAAUUGGAGUGUUCCUUUUUAACUUUGGUCUUCUCUCAGUUUAGUAGUGACAGCAGUAGUAGCACCUGAAAUUAUACGUGUGUUGCCACACCAUGAAGGGGAAUCAGGCAACCUUUUCACUCUGACUUUCAUUAUUAUUUACAGACUGUAAGGUACUGAAAUAUCAGAUGCAUAAAGAAGGUAAUUUGCAGAAGUGAAAGAUGGGAGUCAUUGAAGCCAUUAGGAGGACCUUAGAUGGGAUUUAAAAAAAACCUCAUUAAUGAUUUCAUGGUCAGCCUAAGCAUACUCUUGUGAUAGACUCAUUGAUUUGUGGGGAGUCCUUGGUACUCAAGAAGGUGAUGACUACCUAAAAUUAGGCAUUUUAUAGAUCUCUACAGUGUUAGUGCUACUUCACAUCCUUUGCCAUUGCCUCACCUUAUGCUGUGGACCAGUCUUGUUCUGUACUGAAAUUACCAGGUAUUGCAGGGUACUCACUGGGUUAGUGAUACUGGUGUGAAUCUUGUUCUUAGCUUAUAGCUCACUUAAAUCUGUAAGCCAAACUAACACUUCAUCAUGUGUUUCCAGGCAAAUGUGUUUAAUCUAGAUAGCUGGCCUAGAAACAUUUGUCCUCAUCUGUAAGGUAUGGAUGUUAUGGAAAUACAAAUUGGUUGGACCUUUAAAACACACCUGUGAGGAAGGGAAGUAACAUUCUUAAUUGACAAAUAGAGAAAAAGAGGCUUUAGGUAGAUAAAAAGUGACCUGCUGAAAUUGCAACCACCACCUAUAUCUCUUCUUAGUUCCAGUGCACUGUCCUAUGCAUUUAUCCUGAAUGGUCUCAGAUACAAAGAGUGGUCUGAGUAAUUUUUUAAUGUUGUUGCAAGUUUCACAAUACUUCACAGGAAGUGUUUUCUUAGCUCUGGUCCCGAGACUUGAGAUGAUACUGAAAUUCCAACUUCCUGUAGCCUUAAUUACAUUAGCAAGUUUGACAACAUUAUUUUCCAGGACUAUUUUUUUUACCCUCUUACAUUUUACAGGUGGGAUAAUGCUUUCUUGUUUUGUGUACACUGCACAUAUGCUGAGUAAUCCCUGUUUCUCUCGCUACUCAUCUUUUAGCAUUCCUUAUUUUCUGUCCCUCAAAGUAGAUAUAGUUGCGAUGCACUUUACCCUUUGAGACUUGGUAAAUAUUUUUUUCAAUUCAGUCUCUUUAAAGGCUGUGAUGUUGUUAGGUUUAGUGUCUGUAAUCUAGGAUUCAGUUUUCAGAUGAAAUCUCUCCACAGGAUUUAGAUUAUAUUUAUUUUGGCCCCACAGGUGUAUAGAUUGAGAAAAAGACAGAUAUGUAACCAUUUUCUCUAGUAACUGAGACAUGUAAGGUUUACAUAAACUAGGCCCUGCAAAAAAGUGGCAGCAUCUCCAUCAGUUCUACUUUUCAGCCAUAACACACAGUUGGCUGCUACCCGUCAAGCACAUUUGACAAGCCUUUACCUGUACGUAUUUCUUUAAUGCAAUGAUUUGGGAAAGAUAUCUUUAUUAAAUAAGGAUUAAGGAAACUUGAGUUGAAAAAACAGAUGAAAAAGUGACCAAAAGUACAUAGUAAAGAUUGUACUAGAAAUACAGUUAGUGAGAAUUUAAUCCAUUUGUUGUGUCAGGAUUUUUUUUUCCCCUCAAGUUGAUGUCAAGGGGAGGACCAAUUAUUAUGAAAUUUUGUGAUGUUUCUUGGUGACUCUAGAAAACAAUAGAAAAAGACCGUUCUGAAAACCUUAACUCUCUUUUUUUUCUUGUUCCUGGUAAGUACAUUUUGUGUAUGCUGGGAUUUGAAUGUAAUGGUGUGCCUUGAAGCACUAUUUCUGUUAAAGUCUACAGAACUUUUAUAGAAAUCUGAAGUAUUCAGACAGACAUUUAGUUUCGUAAACUGUUUAAUUCACAUUCCCUAUCUUCCCUGCAGAAGUCUGGAUAUUUGUGUGUGUGUUUACACCUCUGACUAGGGCUUGGGUAUAAAAAGGGACACAGAGAGGUGUAAGCUCUACAAAGUCCAAGGCUGCUCCUCUGGAGGUGAUGGACCAGAAGUUGAUUUUGCUGGAUUUACAACAGCAUGUACGGGCUCAAAAUCUGGCUGUUUUUGUUUUAUAUUUAACCACUUCUCAAUGAGACAGUCAGGAAAGAACAGGUUGUCUUUCCUCACUGUUGGUGAAGUAAAAAUGCAAGUUCUGACUAAUGACAGCUACUACUUUGAGCAUAUAAUGAUGUAUCUGAUUUGGACCUCUAUUUCUAAGCAGUAUUCUCCUCUUUGUGUAAUGUGGGAUCAAUGGUGAAAUUCCAUUUCUGCACUGUACUAAUUUAUUUAAAUGGCUGCAAAUAAGUUGAUUUAGUAGGAACUAAUAGUGGACUUAAAUCUGAAAUUCUCCUAUUUUCCCUAAAGAAGUUUGGUCCUUCAGUUUGUUAGAUACAAUUAGGUAUUUUUGGAAUUUAAUCAUGAGAUCUUUCCAAUCUUUUCCUUGAGGUAGCAAUUCAGGCAUUUAUAUUUGUCAGUAUUUACUUAAUAUAAACAUAAGUUCAUUUAUGAUAUCUUUAUUUUAAAUUCAUAAACACUCCAAAAAACAAACCCCAGAAGAAAUUCCAUCACAAAAAACUGCGUUAAGACGGGGUCAAGGUUGCUGAUGUCCUUCUCACAGAGCGAAUACAUGAAAAAGACAGGAAGUGGCUAGUUAAGGUUCUUUUGCAAUCUUUAGGAAUUGCUUCCUCUUUUGGACAAGACAAGUGAAUUAAGGAAAAAACCCAACAACUUAGCAGCUGCAACUCUGACCACGCAUACAUGAUUCCUUGUGAUACUGUGCUGUAUGGUACGAGACCAAGUCUGUCAGAAGUUUUAUGAGGAUGUUACCCUAAACACGGUGUUUACUCCAGAUUAACGCAGUAUUUUGUUUGGAAGUAUGUAGGUGUACAGAUAGAAUACGAGAGGUAAAGUAACCUUUAAAGUUGAUGGAACAAGUGUCGGACGUCUAUAUUUUUAUAUAUUACAAAGGGCAUUUUUGACUUUUUCUUGCAGUUUUAGUAAUUUAGUGUGGUAACAUACCUAUAUUGUGACAAUGUUUUCCACUAUCUCCGUUACAUUGGUGUAAUUUUAUUUUAUGUAGCAAAUAUGUAUAUAUACAAAGGAGAUUAUGUAAAAAAUACAAUUAAGAAAUAGGCUCAAACCCUUCAGAACAGGGGCCGUCUUCCUCUCUAUCUGCAAAGUACUUAAUGCCUUGGGGUCUCAGCUACAGCUCCUGCCUGAGGGAGAGUCGCUGUGACCGAACUGCCAAGUGAUGAGCGUGGAGGAGCAGAUCCUCUGCCUUCUAUGAGAAGCCUUAGUACAAAAGGUGUGGUGAAGUUCACCUUGCCACUCCUGGUGCUGGGGCUGUGCUCUAUGUGGUCAUUCCCAGUGCCACCUGCCAACGACCCAGAGAGCCCAGAGUCCGUGUCUCCUUUGCUCCAGCCCUUCCCUUUGGCAGUAGGAAAGGAAGCCUGAGGCAGGAGCUUGGAUGUCAUCAGGGAAUCUUCCUUGUUAGCAGGGUGAUCCUUCUUGAGCUUGUUUAGGCCUCAUCCGUUGUCCUUUUAAGGCAAAAUGUAUGUUUCUUGUUGACUUCAAGGCCCACUGGAUGUGUUCCUACAAGAUCAAGUUCUGCUGACUUAACAGCUCUGUUACACCUGAGGACCUGGCUGGUCAAGUUCUUCAGGAAUGGUCUAAAAAUAGUGUAAAAAUACAAAUAUAUUUAAUCACACGUACUGAAAAAAAAUCCUAUUUGUUGUGGUCAGAGUUCAGAUAAUUAAGUGAAGUUUGAUUUCUUAGUCAUACUGGCAUAUAUGUUGCUUUAACUGUCGUGUGAAAGAGGAAGUGAUUCUAAAGUGUGUGAAAGAUUGGGAUUACACCUGUUUUUUAACGGUUAUGUUGUUUAGGAAUGGAUCUCAGCAACUUAAAUUCCCUAUUAAUGCAGUUUUUUUGCAUUAGAAUACGUGUGUAUAUCAUACACCCACAUUUUAUAUAUAAUAUAUUAUAUAUUUGGUACCAACUUUGUAUUUUCCCUGAAACGUUGCCAAAUCUCGAACACAGAUGUUCUCACUUGUAAGACUUUGGUACUUAAAUAACUGAAUGUAUAAGGAGUGCUCUGGUAUGAAAGGAAAGAGUGUUGUAUGGUGUCCCACAUACAGAUGUCUCAACCAGCAGGCUCGUUGCCUUUGCCACAUCUCGCUUCCUUGCAGCAUCACCUUUCGUCUCCCCAGAAACAGUCUGUGUUUUAGCUGAACUGCAGACCUGCUGUUAACCAUACAGUCGAAUACCGCGCUCGCAUGAAAGCUGACCGGUAGUAGUAAGAAUAACAAUAGUCACCAGUGUGCCACAAAUGCAUUUAUUAAAUGCAGAAAUAGACAUUUCUACAAAGGCCAAAAUCUUACGUCGUAUGUUCCUUUCUUGUCAUUACGUUGUAUGAUAUUGUAAGAUUAUUGUAUGUCCUGAUUUGCAUUAUAAAAUGUUUUUUCCUACUUAAAGGCAUAAAUAUAGCAACUUUGUAUAAAGGUAGCUUUCUAGAUUUUUAUUUCUUUUAUAUAAAAAAGUCUAAACAGUGGGAGUACCAUUGCCAAAUUGUUUAUAAGAUUUGAAAUAAUUUGCCCUGUUCAAUCAAUUUGUUUUUACAAACAUUCCGUAUUUCUUUUAUGAAAAAAGUGAUAGUAUACUAUGCAGAAAGAGUGUAUUUUUAUGCCAUUCCACGUUAAUCUUAAAAAUCUUAAUUUCACUUGUUUUAAGUGUCAUUAUUGAGAAAGCUUACCAAAUGUGCAUUUUUAACAAAUGUAGUAUGUAUUAUGACAACAUUUUCCCCCUUUACCAGUGCCAACUUCAUUUGGAAAAAAAAAAAUUGUAGC